AUGAAAGUCUCCAGACGAAUUGACGGGUCGAUAUGCGGCGCGAUCCUCUUUUUGCACCGCCCGUCGUCGUCAACGUCGUCGACCUGGCAAUGGCAGACCAAUAUCUUGCCCGCGUGUUAUAACCAUGGCGGAGGGUCGGGGAGGGGUUUUCUGAAUCAUCACCACCGCUCGACAGCCCCGCUUCACUAUGCCUUGACCCUCCCGACCCUCCGCCGAUUCUCGACCAUCCGAUUCUGGAGCUCCUUCCGGCCGUCGUUGGCUUAUUUAGCAAAGAGCAACACCGCGAGAGCUACACCUCCAGCACCGGCCAAAGACGAAACGUCACCUUUGUGCUCCGAGCCAGACCCAGGGUCAGAAACAGUCCACCCUCCACCAGGCCACUCCAAAGAAGAGCUCCUCGCCCUCGUCGACCCCUACGAUGGGGAACCCAUCGCGCCCCUGAGCGAUUAUGUCGAGUUGCACGCCGACCCCUACAUGCGCGGUUAUGCCCAAGCCGACACCCCCAAGAUUUCCCUCGCGAAAACCAAAGAACAAGUCGAGUAUCCUGCUCCCGACGAGGUUAUCCGCCCCCGGAAUCAACAAGAUGAACAAGUCCUCUUCGAGCUGCGCUUCGCCGUCAGAUACCACCUGAUCAAGCCCGAAAUGGGCGACCUAGACACCGUUUACUCCCUGUACCAGCGCCUCUCCGAACCGAAAAUCCUGCAUCUCGACGCCAACUUUCGACAUCAACUAUUGAAAGCCCUCGGUCAACCUCCCAAGCUGAAUGCCAGAUCCAUGAUGCGCUACUUUACUGUGAUUGGCGAUGUCAAAAACAGCGGGAUUGCCCUGACGAGAAGUGAGUGGAACAGGGUCAUUCACUUUGGCAGCAAAUACGUCGGCAGAAUCACAGAGGUGGAAAACGAGCAGGCGUUAAAGAUGUGGAGGGAGAUGGAGAUUGACGCCGGGAUCAAGGGGAACGAUGUCACGUUCAACAUUCUGUUCACUGUCGCCUGUAAAGCGGGCAAUUUUGUGCUGGCCGAGAUGAUUUACAAGGAGAUGGAGCAGAGGGGGCAUGUGUACAAUCGGUAUCACUACGUCAGCCUGAUUUACUACUUCAGUCUCAAGUACGAGACUGGGGGGAUGAGGGCGGCGUACCGGGAGAUGGUGGAGCGGGGGGAGAUUGUCGACACGGUGGUGCUGAACGCCAUGAUGUCGGGCUUGCUGAGGGCGGGGGAGGAGACGGCGGCGGAUAGGAUAUACGAGAGGAUGAAGGCUGCGAAUUCCGACUUGGGGGAGGUGCCGGUCAAGGGAGGGGUGAUGACGGAGAGGGCGAUCACGCAGGCGUUGAUGAUGAUGGGGAAGUUGGGGAGGAGGUUCCCCGAGCAGAGGGAGAGGUUUCAGAGCAUGGCGUUGACGACGCCGGACCUGCAGACUUAUAGGAUCUUGGUGAAUUACUAUGGGAAGCAGGGGGAUUUGGGGAGGGUGGCGAGGUAUUUGGAUGAGAUGAAGUAUUUUCAGAUUCCGCUGCACGGGGCGAUUUUUUUGGGGCUGUUCAAGGGGUUUGCGAGGCACGGGAGGUUGCACAGGAGUGCGUGGUCGGAGAGGCAUUUGGAGGAGAUUUUCAAGGCGCUGCUGAGGGCUGUGGGGGAGAGGGGGGGGGGGGAGGUGACGGGGGUGCAUUUGCAGACUUGGUUGGUGGUUUGGGUUUUGAGGGCGUUUGAUGCUUGCUCGGGGAAGAAGAGGGUGAUGGAGGUUUAUGAUGAGUUGAGGGGACGGUGGGGGGAGGAGGUGGAUGAGGGGUUUGUGGGGGAGGUGCUGGGGGGGAUGGUGAGGAGGGAGUUUGAUUUGCAUGCGCAGAGGAGGGGGGCGAGGUAUGGGAUAUGA